ACUAUUGUUCAGAAAACCGUCAGUAAUGAGUUCAAAUAAAAAUAAAAAUAAAAUAAUUGAGAAAUACGUAUUGGAUGAAAGUGAUAGCCUCGAACAUCAACAUAGUUCGUUGGCUGUUAAUUUAAGUUGUUCGUCGAAUUUAACAAAUUUUGAAAAUAGUUUGCCCGAGCAAGUAAAUGUGAAAUAUAAUGUUAAUGUACCUUCAACUGUAAUCGUUUCUAAUGCAAUCUCAGAACACAGUAAAUACAAUGAUAGUGUUAGAAAUGGACAGACGUCCGUCAACACACGUUGCACCGCAGGUCAUAGUAUCCCUUUGAAACAUGCGAGUAUAGUUUUAGAGAAAAUAGAGAACGAUGCUGAAAUUUUGGAUAAAAACUGUAAAAAAUUAAAGCAAGUUAUUUUACUCAGAACUAAACAAAUAUUUGACCCACAAAACAAACUCUCCGUUAAAACACAAGAAAUUUUAAGUGAUAAACAUGAUCAAUCGGAUACAUUUCAAAAUAAUGACUGCAGUAACAAUUUAAAUUGCUUAUGUAUUGAUGGUACACCCAAAGAUAGACACAAAAGUCAUAGUUCUGCAGAACAAAGACAGCAUUUUAAAUUAAACAAAAGACGGUUGUUUGAUUUAAAAGAAGAUAGAAACAAAAAUGAUCUUCUUACAAAAUGUAAUUCUUCAAUAUCACGUCAAAUCCAAGUGGACAAGAAAAUGUAUAGCAAUAGCAGUAAGUCAAUUAGAAAGAACAAAAACUUUGGUAAUUCAAAUAUCUCUUUAAACAUAUCCUCUGCAUUGAUUUUAGCCGACGAACCAAAAGGUAAUAAAACCAAUUGUUCUACUGCAUCUAAUGAUAGAUGCCCUUCAAGUUUAAAUAUAUCAGAAAAUGAUAGUAUAUUUGUGACAGUACCUAUUGGUUGUUCCACAAUGAUAAAUAAUGAAACAUUAGACAACAAUCAUGAAAUACAACAUGACAUUACACAUCAUCCAUCAUUUCAUCCAAAUACAAAGAAAGAUAUAAUUCCCAUGGAAAUCACACACAUUCAACGAAAAUGUUUAUUAAUAGAUAAUCAAGAUUCUGUUCAAUAUAAUAUAAAUAAUGUAUCGGAUAACAAAAUUUUAGGGGAGAAUGUAUUAGAAAAUAAUUGUGCUCAUGUUUUUGAAUCAUUGUGUAAUAAUUUUAAAAAUACUCAAAUACUCGAAGAGCAUAGUGCAAAAACAACAAAGACAUCAUUGAAUGUAAACACAUCUAUCAAUGGAUCAAGCAGAGAUGAUAGAAACAUAAAUAAAUCCAAACAAAAAGAUUCUAUAAGGAAAAGUAAGAAUGAGAAUAUUGAAAAUGAGAAGGAUGAAAAUAUAUGCUCAACAAUUUUGGAAGAAGCAAGGGAAAGUGUAAAUACAAUUUGUACUUCUUUACAAAUGAAUACAUCAUUAAAUACAUCAAAUAAAUUGCAUUUGCAAGUAAGUAAUAUUGAUAGUACAUCAUUGAAAUUGAAUAGCUCAAUAAGCAUAAAUGAAGCAUUAAGUGAAAGUGUUAAAAGAGAUAUUGAUAAAACUAAUUCAGUUAAAAUAGAAAGCACUGGACUGAUAAAAGAUCAGAAAUCAAAAAGCAAUAAAAUAUAUCAAGAUCAGGCUAAUCUUAUUAUGAGUAAGUCUCAUGUAAUCAUACAUAAAAUUCAAGAUGGUCAAAGCUACGUUGAAGCUACCCCAUAUCCAGCAUAUCGUUCAGUUCUAUUAAAAACACAAUUAAAACAAAAUGCUAUAGUUAGCAACAGUAUUCAUAGAAAUUCUAUUGAAAUGAAUUCUUUUAAAACUAAAAAAGCCACAAGUAAAUCACUAACAUUAAAUAAUUCUUCUUCGCACAAUAUGUCUUGUGUAAGGCUUCCUGUUAAAAGUAAAUGUAAAAGGAAGUUACUUUCUUUACAUGAUUCUUCACAAUUAUUAUCCUUUUCCCCAGUGGAAAAUGAAAACAUAUUACCUGAACGGCCUAUGCUAAGAACCAGGUAUAAAAAAGGAAAAAAACAACAUGUAAAGAACAAACGUAGUAUAGUUGAUAAUGGUAGUGGUGUAAAACGUAUUGAUGGGAAGAACUAUGAUCAGUUGGUAUUAAAGAAUGAUUGUACUAUUUUUUCCAAUACAAAAAAGCAAAAAAGACCGAAGAAAGUUAUUAGCAAAAAAUUUGUUAUUAAACGAUUUGCUAAUGAAAACUUUUUAGGAGGAUUAGAGGAGAAUAGAGGAAAUGCUACUAAAGUGCAGGCUCACAUUUGUAAUAGAAAUUCAUUAAAUGAGUUUCAAACGUUAAAAAAUGUACCCACUACACAACCAUCAAACAAAAAGACACAGAGAAUAAAUAUAGUUGUAACUGGUUUAUGUAAUGAUGAUAAAAACAUUGUUAAAAGUGUUAUUAAAACUCUUGGCCACGCAAGAAUUGAAUCGAACGUUACAAAACGAACAACACAUGUUGUAACCACGGGUGUGCGAACAAUAAAUUUACUAUAUGGAAUCAUACGUGGUUGCUGGCUUGUUACCUUUGAAUGGGUUUUAAGAUCAUUAGAAAAUAAUUCAUGGUUAAAUCCAGAAGAAUAUGAAAUAACGCACUUUUCAAAAGCAGUAUUGGAAAAUCGUAAAGAUAGACAAUUAUUUGGGGCAUCAUAUGUUUCUGAAUUGUUUGCCGCCUGUGGAAGUAUAUACAUUGGAAAAGGCACAACACCUCCAUACGAUACACUGAAAGAUCUUAUAAAAACUGCAGGUGGUCAGAUUACUGAAUGUCCAGAAGCUGCAAAAAUUAUAAUUCAUUCAAAAGGUUUAAAAGAGUCUUGGGUUUUAGAUUGCAUUACAACAGGUGAAUUGCAACCAUUCCAUCUGUAUCAACGACUUUAAAUGUUAAAAUAUUUUCAAAUAAUAUCAAAUGUGGAUUGUGAAUAAAAUAUUUUUUUGAAAA